AUGUCAUCGUUUAUUAAGUCGCGGCUGCUCGAGAUUGAUCCUGACGCAAAGAGAAAUGUGACCGAAAUAAUAAUCAACAAAGGCUAUCCAGUAGAAGAAUAUACGGUUCAAACGCGUGAUGGCUACCUUUUGAAACUUUUUAGGAUUCCCUAUGGUCGAGGAAAUCGUGAAGAUAACAAAAAUCGUCCAGUGAUCUUCCUCCAACACGGCUUUCUGGAAUCUGCCAUCGACUGGGUGAUUAAUUACCCUCACCAGAGCCUUGGUUAUAUCUUGGCUGACGAAGGUUACGACGUCUGGAUGGGAAAUCAGAGAGGUAACACUUACGCCCGAAAGCAUAUCAAAUAUUCGCCCGAAGAUGAUGAAUUUUGGAAUUUCAGCAUUGACGAACAUGCCAAGUAUGAUACACCGGAUAGUAUAGACUUUGUCCUAAACAUAACAGGUCAAAGUCAAUUAUAUUAUGUGGGAUUUUCGCAAGGUAACCUGAUAGUCUAUGCAUUUCUCUCCGAGAAUCCCGAGUAUAACAAAAUCAAAGCAGUACUUUCUCUAGCUCCAGUGUCAACGCUCGGUUAUAUUAAGAGUCCUGUUCGCCUAAACGCUCUUUUUACAAGAGAAAUUCAACUUUUAUUUUCCGUUCUGGGACACAAAGAAUUUUCACCAAGCGACUUUAUUAAGAAAUUAUUUGCUCAAACUGCCUGUAAUAUUGAUGUUGUAAGAUCGAUAUGCUCCAAUAUCCUUUUCCUAAUAAGCGGAUAUGACUUUUCUCAAUUAAAUGAGUCUCGCCUAGAUGUCUACUUUUCUCAUUUUCCUGCGGGAACAUCUACUAAAAACUUAAUUCAUUACGGACAGCUGGUAAAUUCGAAAGAAUUUCAGAAGUUCGAUUAUGGACCGUUAGGAAAUUUAAAAAGAUACAAACAAGUUCAGCCACCAAAGUAUGAUAUUCCAAAAAUUAAAACUCAGAUCGCAAUUUUUUGGAGUUUGAACGACCUUCUGGCAGAUCCUAAAGACGUGGAUAUACUUCGAAAUCGUCUCCGGAAUUUGAUAGCCGAUUAUCAAGUACCUCUAAAAGAAUGGGGCCAUUUAGAUUUCGUGUUUGCGAAAGAAACAAAGAAAUAUGUUUAUGACGAAUUACUGCGAAUAUUGAAAAGUAUUUAA